AUGAAUUGCUCGGAGAAAGAGUUGCCGGCUGAGUCCUCCCCUACAAAGGACGAGUUCAAGAAAUGUCCCUCGACGCCGAAUCUGCAGAACAUUAGGGAUCUCUCGAGCGAACAUCACCGCGAAGAUCAUGCAAAUGGUUAUCUACCCAUUGGAAACCGCUUCCACCAGGAGGAGGCAGUAUCACCGAGUGCAGGUUCUGGGCGCGGCAGUCUGCUAGAUCUGUAUGGUGACGAUGACAACAGCUACGUCCAAGUUUCACCUACUCCUUCUCACCACUCAUUACGGCGACGGUCCACGGACGCCGGUGGGAACCGCACCUCUACAACUAGAAGUGUGCAUUCUACUACCACAAAGAGGCGAUCUGCUAUUCCAGAGUUGCAAAAUCUGGAUCGGUAUGGGUUUAGGAAACAGAACAACUACAUUACAUUGAAAGAUUAUGAUAAUUGGUGGCAGAAUUACUCCAAAUACUGCGUCAGAAGGAAACAUAAGUGGCAACUCUUUUUAACCAAGAGUGGGCUGUCGCUUAACGGUGACUCUCCGACCAAGUUCCCGCCGCAGAGUGAAAAAUUGAAGAGGUACGUAAGAAAGGGCAUACCCGCCGAAUGGAGGGGCAAUGCGUGGUGGUAUUUUGCGCGCGGAGACGAGAUGUUGAACAAGCACAAAGGUCUGUACGACAAGUUGGUUGACAAAUGUCAAGCGGAAAAAGUCAAAGUUAGAGAUAUCGAUGUCAUUGAAAGAGAUUUGAAUAGAACUUUCCCUGACAAUAUACAUUUUCAUCGGGAGUCCUUUCAAGUAGAGGACCCACUGAUGAUACGAUCUCUUCGUCGAGUUCUUGUUGCAUUUUCCCUGUACGAUCCGAAUAUCGGUUAUUGUCAAUCAAUGAACUUUCUGGUUGGGCUGUUACUUUUCUUCAUGAAUGAGGAGAGGGCAUUUUGGAUGCUCGUAAUUAUCACCAAAAAGUAUCUGCCAGAAGUUCAUUCAGUCAAUCUGGAGGGAGUCAACAUCGAUCAGGGGGUGCUCAUUCUCUGUAUCAAGCAGUAUCUUCCUGAACUUUGGACCAAAAUGGAAUCCACUUACACAAACGACGGAGAGAUCGGUAGCUCCGAUCAGCAAGAUGCCCUGAAACAGAUGGAAAUUUUGAAUAAAUUACCACCAAUCACAUUGUCAACGGCAAGUUGGUUUAUGAGUUGUUUUAUUGGAGUUGUCCCCAUUGAGACCACGUUGCGAAUUUGGGAUUGUCUGUUCUACGAAAAGUCUCAUUUCCUCUUUAAAGUAUCGCUGGCGAUUUUCAAGCUAUGUGAAGGGGAACUGGUGGAGAAGAAACCGUCUUUACUAUUUUCUCAGAAUAUUUUUGCGUCUUUCAGCAACGAAUCGUUGUUAAGUAACCACACACACGAUUGGGCUGCCCACCAGAAUAUGAACCGAGACGAUUAUGACAUGAUUUUGUUUCAGGUUAUACAGACCUUCCCGAAAAAACUCUUGAACCCUAAUGAUAUAUUCGAUAAAGUACUCUUCAAAAAGAAGAUACCGCUUAACAAAUUGGACCAAGAUGAAAUCGAUAAGAUCCGAAAAUACGUGAUCUCGCAAAGGAAGAAAUGGGUUCGUUUUAACAAAGUUUUGAAGAAGGGAGAUUCCAGUAGCAGUGCAAUCGUUGCCGAGGCUAAGGUUGACUCGAGAAACGCUGCAGUCAGUAAGGAGUUUGGAAUGAGUGAUGAUAUGAUAGCAGAUGUGCUAGCAUCAGAAUUGUCUGGGUUCAAAAGGAUGAGUUUGGCAGGUGUUGAUUGGAACACAAAUAUAAAGGCGAGGGUUAAACAGAUGAAACAGCAGGGCAAAUAG